AAUCGAGUCUACCUAUUCGGAUAAGCCCUACUUGCCUAUAUUAUAUAGUUCAACAAGGAUUGAAAGACAUUCUCUUGGAAACCAAAUAUGAGUUGACAAUUUCUAUAUAUUAAAAAAAAAAGGGUAGUGUUGCCAAUAUAUUCGGUGCGUAUCCCUCCCAAGAAUGGCUUGAACCCAUAAAGUCUUCCCGCCAAAACAACAAAAACACUAGAAAAAAUCCUUCUCUUUUGACUGCAACAUCUGAGGAAGAAGAAAGAAGAAUGGUUGAGAUGGCGAAUCUCCCAGAAGACAUAAUGAAGGAGAUCCUCUUAAGGUUACCCGUGAAGAUACUGCUUCGAUUCAGGUGCGUAUCUCAAGAUUGGCGAUCUUUGAUUAGUGAUUCUUUCUUCAUCACUCUAUACAACAAUAACCGAUUCAGAGAGAAAAACACUUCUCUCAUCUUAACUGAUGGAACUGCUUUUUACACGAUAGUGGACAAUUCAUGCCAUAAACUUGAUAUCCCUUUGUUAACUUGUACCAAAUUGGAGAACUGGUGGCAUGAAAUCAAAGUCUUGGGUUUGUGCAAUGGGUUGUUAUGUUUUUCGUUGAUAAGGUCUUCCUGGAUUCAUAACGAAGACCCAAUAUAUCUGUUGAAUCCAGCCACUCGAGAACUCAAGAAGCUUCCACCUGGUCCCUGUGAAAGAUCUCAUUGCAAUUUCAUUCGGUGUGGAUUUGGGUUUGAUCCCAUGAGCAAUAGCUACAAGGUUGUUAAGAUUUUAUACUAUUAUGAGAAUAGUACUAAUGAGAGUGAUGUCUGGGUGUACUCGUCGAAUCUCGAUAACUGGAGAAAACUGGGAGAUAUACCAGUCCCUGAUCUAGACCUAGACCUGGACUUCUCUUUCUCUUGUAAUUCAAGAACCCUAGUUUUCAAUGCUGCUAUGCAUUGGAUUGUAUAUCUGAAGGACGGUUCAGGUUGUUUAGUUUCCUCAAUCUUUUCUUUUGAUCUAGUACAUGAGGUGUUUAGUGAGUUACCGCAACCUCCUGAAAAAGGAUCCUACAAAGAUAUGAUGGUGAUGGAAGGAUGUCUUUCUGUUUUUGGUAUUAACAGUGAAACAAGAUCUUACUGGGUGAUGAAGGAAUAUGGUGUUCAAGAAUCUUGGACUAAACAACAUUCUUGGACUAAACAACAUAUCUUUUACGAUUUGAUUGGUUUGGCCCAUGCACCAGUACAAUUGUGGCAUGAUGAACUUCUGUUACACUACUUCACUGAGAAGUUUCUUCUGUACAACACUAAGAACAAGACAGUAAGGAAUCAUGUAAUUCUUGGACUUCCAACUAAGUUUAAAGUAUUUGUUUACACUGAGGGUCUUGUUACGCUCAAAGGUUUCCCAACAAGUGCAGGAUAACCGGUGGACGGAAAAAGAAAGAGAGAAGAAGAAGAUUAAUGAGAAGGGAUGACCCAAAAAUCAAAACCCUUCUCUUUAAUCCUAUAUUUCAUUCACUAUUUUG